UACUAAUGUGACGAAAAUAAUUCUCAUUCCGUAAGACUUUUCGGUUGAGCUCGCUUAAUGGGUGAAGCCCUCACACUCUCUCUCCGAACCUGCAACCCCUCUGCGGUCACGAUGCGCGUCUGGCGCCCGAGAUACCGAAGCUUUUUUUAGUUCCCCACGAGGCAUGAUGGGAGGCGACGGUCCCGACGGAACCCUCGUCCUUCCUUCCUGGACGGACAUUUCUGCGUUACGUGAUGACGUCACUGGAUAACGGGACGUCUAUCUACCAACCGGGGCAGCUGCUCAAUUGGGUGUACUUUACGUUGGCCGAACAGGCCUACCCAUCCACAGUCGAACAGCCCGGCGUGCCCUCGGUGUACGGUGGACCCCCGGCGUACAGCUGUAAUGACCUGGUGGACCAGCUGGCCGACUUGUCCCUCGACCAGAAAAUCAAGCGGCCUCCCCCAAACUACCUCUGUCACCUGUGCUUCAGGAAGGGACAUUACAUCAAGGAUUGCCCUCAGGCUCGACCUAAGGGCGAAGGUCUAACACCAUAUCAGGGGAAGAAACGUUGCUUUGGAGAAUACAAGUGUCCCAAAUGCAAGCGCAAGUGGAUGAGCAGCAACAGCUGGGCCAAUAUGAGUCAAGAAUGCAUCAAGUGUCACAUUAAAGUUUACCCACAUAAGCAGCGACCUCUAGAGAAGCCCGACGGUCUGGACGUUUCGGAUCAGAGCAAGGAACAUCCGCAACAUCUGUGCGAGAAGUGCAAGUCACUCGGUUAUUACUGCCGGAGGGUCGUGCAGGGACAGUGAUUUUUUUUUUUUUUUUCUAGCCAAUGAGGUAUCAGGCAAAACAAAUUACCUUUAUAUGUUUACGAUUGCUCGUAAUAAGAGAUAAAGAAGAGAUCGAAAAAACGUUUUCGUAGAGCCCUGCGGGAGAUGCUGCAACAAAAAGCAAUUUCUCUUCCUACGAUGUGAAAAGAAACCUUAAGCCUGUCACACCUUUCAUGGCCCUCGCCUUUGUUGUUUCUCCCAUGUUAACCAUUCUGUUGCUGUUCCCACGUAUUACAGUCGAUAUUUUGUGUUUUAUUCACGAUCACUUCCAAACAUAUUGCUCCGUUUGGAUAAAGGUGAGCUUAACCUCGUUUACCCUCGAGGUUUUGCCCUCAACUUUGCACAGAGCAACGAAAGAAAGAAUGAAUACUUUGUCUUAAUGAGUUACAGCUGUUCAUGUGAGAACUUCAUAUUAAGUCCAGUGUAUGGUGUUCUUUAUGAAUUAACUGUAGUCUUGAGAGAGCAAUAACGAUAUAUACUUUCCAUGGGGACACACAUCCACACACGAGACAAAGAGGCAGGUGAGGAAUUAUCGUUCCAGGUGGGUGCAGCUCCUCUUCUGCCUUUAGAGGGCAUUGAAAAGGCUACCAGAACAGUAGUCUUCCAUAUCGUUCUCGUGCUCAGGCAUGAUAAGACACUGGACUUUGCACAUGUGGCUUCUUAUCAAAGAUCAUGCAUAUGCACACUUUUCUUACAAAAUUCCUGUUGUCCCCUUAUCAAUGCCACAGUAGCUGCUGGUUCUGCACACUGCGUAAUGAAAGGCAUUGAUGAUAAAACUAGAUAGUUAUUAUCCUACUUGUUAUAUUCUAAUUGGUAAGUCGGAAGUACAGCCAGGUUAGGAGAGGCGUGCAUAGACAUCUUGCGACAUCUGUUACCUUCGUGUGAUAUGGAACAUUCAUCCUUUUUACCUUGUACAUUCCUGCUCGCCUCCUUUGAGCCUGUUUCUUCAACGUGUCCAUACUGAAAUGUCAUCUCAUACUACUAACAUAUAGAUCUACAUAGUAGGGUACAAAGUGAUAAGUGAUUGCUGCUGUGUUCAGAUAAUAUAUGUACAUGUUCGGAGGAAUCCUGUAUAUUGGCGUACAUUUUAUGUUACGUGACACGUGCUGAACGCUGUGUAAAUUCGUUACCCGAUGUUUGUAUAUCAGCAGGUGUUUCCGGGUGACGACUGAUUCAGUGUAACGCAAUGAAUCGUUUGCAGACAGUAUGCAGAUUCUGCUCCAGAAAGUCACGCUUAAAAAGUUAAUAAAGUAUUAUUUUGUACCAUA